AAAGGACCAUCAGUGGGCUUGGCUAAUGCCGAACUGAAAUUUUUGGAAAACCGAAGCGUCGAGAGCAGGACAGACUACAAGGAAAUGUCUGGCGGGAUCUCGCGGGGUCGUCUAGCUGAGGAGCGAAAAUCCUGGCGUAAGAAUCACCCGCAUGGUUUCGUGGCGAAGCCAGAAACUGGAGCAGAUGGCUCUGUGAAUUUGAUGGUGUGGCAUUGCAUUAUCCCUGGCAAGGCUGGGACUGACUGGGAGGGAGGCUACUUUCCCCUUACUCUCAACUUCAGUGAGGAUUACCCCAGUAAGCCACCAAAGUGCAAAUUUCCUCCAGGCUUCUUCCAUCCUAAUGUCUAUCCUUCAGGAACUGUGUGCCUCUCGAUCCUUAAUGAGGACAGUGGUUGGAGACCUGCCAUUACUGUGAAGCAAAUUCUCGUGGGCAUUCAGGAUCUGCUGGACCAACCUAACCCUGCUGAUCCUGCUCAAACUGAUGGUUACCAGCUUUUCAUCCAGGAUCCUACUGAAUAUAGACGAAGGGUGCGGCAGCAGGCCAAACAAUACCCCCCUGUUCUUUAGUUUAAUGUUCUUGUUUGUUCAUACCAUUGACCUAUUUGUUGGCUUGAUAAAUUCAUUUUAAAAAUACUGUUUGAGACCGAAGCAUUGAUUUUCAAGCUGAUUAUCAAGGCCAAGGGUAGCUAAUGUCUAAGCUUUUCCCCCUUUUCCAAAAAAAGAAGAAAAAGAAAAGACAUUGCUGUUCGUUUUAUAUUUGGUUUAUCUUUCUGUCCGUGGAAAUGAGGGUGCAUGUGAUGUGAUGGGCGGAGCUUGAAUCCUGAUAUUGCUGUCUGCUGAGUUGGCUUCCAAAUGUGUACAUACUGCAGCGGUGGAAGUUUUUCCUUUUCCAGCCAGGAAGAACAGACGAGGAUCACACUCCUGGCCUUGUGAUAUCUCCUGUUGUUUGAAAAUAAUUAUUUUAAUGUCUUUCACUCAUUGGUGAGUGGUAAUGACAUGGUUCCGUGGAAGGUGGUAGGUGAAGCGCACAAAUUACUGAGAUCAGUGUUGCAUCAAACGUACGUAGUAACUCUGCUUCGUUAAAAAACGGAGUUAUUUCAUUAGUACUUUGAAUGUUAUCUCUGUCGUUUAUCACAAGCA